AUGACUGAGGUUUCUUCCACCCGUCUGUAUCUUGGGAAUCUUCCCCGCAAUGUCACCAAAGGAGACAUUGAGGAGCACUUCAGCAGCCAUGGCUCGGGUAAGAUUACCGAGAUCAAGCUAAUGAACGGCUUUGGUUUUAUCGAAUAUGAGGAUGCACUGGAUGCUCGGGACAUUGUACCUGGUAAUAAUAAACAAAUCCCCACUUGUCUCUGCUGGCUGGCUAAUGGUUUCUGUCCUGUAGCAUUCCAUGGGAGUGAAUUCAAAGGCGAGCGUCUCACCGUUCAAUUUGCCCGCGGUCCCCGACGCAAGGAAGCUUUCCCCGGACCCCCAGAGCGCAACAAUCUCCCGCGUCCACGUCGCACGGUAUUCCGGAUGCAGAUCUCCGGUCUUCCAGAAACAAGUUGGCAGGAUUUGAAAGAUUUUGCCCGCCAGUCCGGACUGGAUGUGGUAUACUCUGAGACAGGCCGUGAACAGGGCCGAGGGUUUGUUGAGUUUGAAACCGCCAACGACCUCAAAACUGCCGUGGAAAAACUGGACCAGCGAGAGUUCAAGGGAUCGCGCGUCACUUGCGUCGCCGAUGUAAGCGCCCAACCUGGCUCGGACCCGGAGGAAUCGCCUCUCACCCUUUCCCAGAUCCAACCCUUUGAGGAACGUCCCGUUCGCGACCCUUACCGGUCCCGUUCCCCUCGUCGCCCGUACCCAACCCCCAUGGAUGAGUACGACCGCCGGAUUCCUCCUCCUCCUCGAGGCUACAGUCCUCGGGAUCACUACCGUGAGCGGUCCCCGAUCCCCAUGCGCCGGGACUAUUAUGAACGGGAUGGCUAUGCCCGCCGGACUCCCCCUCGCCCGCGGAUGGAAGACUACCCCCCACCCCGUCGCCCCUACGAAGACCCCUACCCCCCUCCACCCCCGCGCCACUAUGAAGAUCCCUAUCUAGCUGCGCGGGCCUAUGGUCGUCCUCGCUCCCCGCCCAGAAGCGACUAUGUCCCUUACGACCGUCCCCGCUACUGGUAG